UGUAUUUCACUCCGCUGGUGAGCACCACGCCGGUCAGAGUGAGUGGAGGCUGAGCUGAGCGCACAGCUAAAGUCAGCAUUCUUCUGAUGCCAUGUCAAAUAACGCGAAGAAUAGUAGAUUUUUUGGAAAGUAAGAAACGGGUAAUAUCAGAGCUUUAAAAGCAGUAACAAAGAAGUGAUUUUUUAGUUCUUUUAUUCCUAUAAUUUACGCGCGCUAAAGUGGCCAUGGCACAUUUUACGCACUGCAGAAACGGUGUUCUGGAGGCUCAAAUAUCCCACACCAUGGAUUAAACAGCAAGUACUUUUCCGUUUACUUCAGGAGAGUUCAAAUGGCGGCACUUCGUAGAAAAUUUGGCGAAGACUACCAGGUGGUUAACACAAACCGGGCUUCCACUUUUUCUGCUCCGGUGAAGAAGAAACGCCAGCGCUUCGUGGACAAGAACGGCCGCUGCAAUGUGCAGCACGGAAACCUCGGCGGAGAGACCAGCAGGUACCUCUCUGACCUCUUCACCACUUUGGUUGACCUAAAGUGGCGAUGGAACAUGCUCAUCUUCAUUCUGACAUACACGAUCGCUUGGCUGGUCAUGGCGUCUAUGUGGUGGAUCAUCGCUUACAUCAGAGGAGACCUGAAUCACGGACACGACGCGUCCUACACCCCCUGCGUGGCCAAUGUUUACAACUUCCCCUCAGCGUUUCUGUUUUUCAUCGAGACUGAGGCCACGAUCGGUUACGGCUAUCGCUACAUUACAGAGAAGUGCCCGGAGGGUAUCAUCCUCUUCUUGUUCCAGUCGCUGAUGGGCUCCAUCGUGGACGCGUUCCUCAUCGGCUGCAUGUUCAUAAAAAUGUCCCAACCUAAGAAACGCGCAGAGACGCUCAUGUUCAGUCAGGACGCCGUGAUUUCUCAGCGAGACGGCAAACUGUGCCUCAUGUUCCGCGUGGGCAACCUGCGGAACAGCCACAUGGUGUCCGCUCAGAUCAGGUGCAAACUCAUAAAGUCUCGUCAGACACCUGAGGGCGAGUUCCUGCCUCUGGACCAGUGUGAACUGGAUGUCGGCUUUGGGACGGGUGCAGACCAGCUCUUCUUGGUGUCCCCUCUCACCAUUUGCCAUGAAAUCAAUCCCAAGAGCCCCUUUUUCAAAUUAUCUCAGCGCUCUCUUAUGAAUGAAGAGUUUGAAGUUGUUGUAAUCCUGGAAGGCAUCGUGGAAACCACUGGUAUGACCUGCCAGGCCCGGACGUCAUAUACCGAGGAUGAGGUUUUAUGGGGCCAUCGCUUCUUGCCGGUGAUGUCCCUGGAGGAGGGCUUUUUCAGGGUAGACUACUCCCAGUUCCACAGCACGUUCGAGGUACCGACGCCAGCGUACAGCGUCAAGGAGUAUGAGGACAUGAACGGCCUGCCCUCGCCUCCAUACACUCCCGCACUGACCGAGAGCCACGGCGCCCGGCGCGGCCGGGUGUUUUCGGGGGACUGCAUCAACAUAUCGGAGGACAGGAGGGGGGUGACUGGGGGUCGACUGCCGAGCAAGCUGCAGAGGAUGAGUUCAUCCGGGAAGGAGGACCUGCAGAGGAAGGUGCUCCUGCUCAGCUCCCAGCACUCGGAGAAGAUCUGCAGCACAGGAGACCUGCCCCUGAAGCUGCAGCGCCUCAGCGACACGCAGGGAGCCGAGGCGGAGAGUCGACUGCACCUCAAGUCGCUCAAGGUGGUCUUCGAGCCCAUGACCCAUUCCACUGGAGACUUGUACCAGCAGAGCCUCGUGCCCACACCCACACUGGCGUCUGCCCCGGUGCACAUGCACAGCCCGCUGCGCUCAGCUGGAGGGAGGCCGGGGGACAACCUGCCGGCAAAGCUGCGGAGGAUGAACGCCGACCGCUGAGACCCAGACAGUCCCGCAGCAGCAGCCUCCCGCUGGCUUCUGAUAACAGACCGACCGGAGGACUCGCGCACGGAAGCCGAAUCAGAGGUGUCCUUUCGGCGUGGAUAGGAUGACAUCAGAUGCUUUUAUCUGACGAUUAAUUUAUUCGUAUUUUUUCCUUAUUUUUCUUGAGAUUUACUGGAAUUACUGUGAUGUUGGUGUUUCAUAGCAGAGGCAUUCACGCAGGUGUUGUGACACGAAACACAAGAGAAAAAAACACAAACUUCAUGCUUAAUUUGAACUGGACAGAUUCUCACUCCCACCUCGUCAAACAGCGCCGCUUGGUCAGCUCACCUUGGCAUCCAAGAUGGACGCACCUGACCGUCUACUAUUGCCACAGGAGGGUUUACAUUGGAGGAGUUGAACGCCCAGUGCGUCGCAUACAGCCAUUAAAGGGGGCGUGGCCAAUGCCAAGGGGAACUGGCUAAGCAGAGGCAUUUGACACGUUGGGAGUGAGAAUGGUUAAGCGAACUUUAUCAUUCUGCAAGAGUUGUACACUAAAUCCAUGUAUGCACCACUACACUUACUAGAAAUUUGAGCUCUAAAUAUAAAUGAUAUAAGGAUGAUAAUAAAUGCUGUUGAUCUUU